AUCGUAGCUACUUAUCGGGCUGUCCGCCUGCCGGAACGAGCGUGUUCAGCGUGCCGUUACAAAAGGCGAGACGUAUAGCAUUCAGCCGCGGGAAGCAAUUUCAAGGGGAUUCAGUAGGGCAUUCGCGCACGCCGCCGCCGCCGCGCUGACGAGAAAACGAAUCACCUACGACGAUAUUAUGCGAUCGGCCUUUUCGACUUAUCUGAAGAAGCGCUCCUCAGGCCGCAUCAUCUGAUACGAAGGAUCGGAAAUUUUUUUCUCCGAGACACCAGAUUUCCAUUGAUUGACGUAAAUAACACAUUGUUAGUUACGAUCAAUGAUUGACAACGAUAAUUGCAAUCCAUAUCUUUAUUCAAAUAUGAUGAAGAGGAUAAGAUUGAUCACAUAAUAUUGUAACGUCAUCAUCGCACCGUUACGAACGAACGAACGAACGACAGUAAUGUUUCUACACUACGGAUAGUAGGACUCUCAACGAUACUCAGACUAAGAAGUGUUCCUCGAAACAAUAUAAAAUGCUACGCACGGUAAUUCUGAUUGCUGUCUUGGUCGCAGUGAAAGGAGAUGAAUGUGUUCCACGUUCAUUCGGAGAAGAUUCUGUAGUGUGCGUCUGUAAUUCGACGUAUUGCGAUACAAUAAGCGAACCGAAGAUACAGCAGAAUCAGGUUUUAUGGUACACAUCCACUCAAGAUGGCAAGAGAAUGCAGUCUUCCGUCAUUAACUUCGCUACCAUAAAUGAGACCGAAAACGAUCUGGUUCUCACAGUGGACAGUAGUCAGAAGUAUCAAACGAUACAAGGAUUUGGCGGGGCAAUGACUGACGCCGCCGCACUCAACAUUAGAAGUCUCAGUAAUGAGACUCAACAAAUAUUACUUCAGUCGUAUUUCGGUUCCACCGGUAUCGGAUACACGUUUGCUCGUAUACCUAUCGCAGGUACCGAUUUCUCAACGAGGCCGUAUACAUACGACGACGUACCCGGUGAUAUUACAUUAAGUCAAUUCAAACUUGUGGAGGAAGAUGACUACAAAAUAGAAUAUCUACAUAAUAUUAAGAAUAUUAUGCCUAAUCCAGACAGACUCAAGAUAUUCACGACUGCGUGGACCGCCCCUGCGUGGAUGAAAUACUCAAGCAGUAUAACAUGGGGUGAGGAACCAUUCGGUAGUCUAAGGCGUGAAUAUUAUCAACUUUACGCUGAUUAUAUUAAAAAGUUCUUUGACGCCUACAAAAAGCGUGGUAUAGACAUAUGGGCUAUGACGCCGGGAAAUGAACCUUUAGACGGAUUUAUCCCAGUUUUCCCUUUCAAUGCCAUGGCUUGGACUCCUGAAGCGUCGGCAAUUUGGGCUACAGAAUUUUUAGCCCCGACAUUGUCUAAUGCCGGAUAUGAUCUCGUCUACAUGGCGAUGGACGAUCAACGUUUCGAAAUUCCGUGGUAUACCGAUAUCAUGUUCAAAAAUCCUAGAGCUAAGGAAUUGUUCUCCGGCACUGCGGUUCAUUGGUACUCUGAUAAACUAUUUUCACCGCUUAGACUGUCACAACUACAUGAUAAGUAUCCAGACAAGUUUAUAUUGAUGAGCGAAGCCUGCACCGGUAGCAGUAUUUUCGACUUCAGAAAGGUAAUAUUGGGAUCAUGGAAACGAGGACAAGAUUAUGCCUUAGAUAUAAUCGAGAACUUAUCGCAUUGGGUAGUUGGAUGGAUAGAUUGGAAUUUGGCGCUGAAUGAGAAAGGGGCACCAAAUUGGGCAAAAAAUUUUGUCGAUUCACCAAUCAUCGUAAUGCCGGAAAGCGACGAGUUCUACAAGCAGCCUAUGUUUUACGCAAUUUCUCACUUUAGCAAAUUUGUGCCACGCAAUUCUUACAGAAUCUUAUCGACGGGUCUUGAAGACUGUGGAAAUAUUAAAGCAGUAGCUUUCUUGACGCCCGAACAACAGAUUGUCGUUGUGGCUGUUAACAAAGCUUCUUCUCCUGUUGGUGUAACCAUGAAAGAUAAGAACACAAACAGCACAAUAAAUUUACAUUUACCUGCCAAUUCUUUCAAUACAUUGUUGUAUUUGGCGCAGCAAUAAAUCAGAAACAUGUAUACAAUAAUUUAGAUAAGAGUUAGGCCAAUAAAACGAGCAUAAAUUAUUUGGGUGAAUAAAUAAUUUACUAAUAAUUCAAAAUAAUAAUUGAAAGAUUCGAUGGGACGUUUUGACUUACUUAGCCAUUAUCAGCCAUCAUAACAAUUUAUAGGAUAAAUUUAAAUUGACAUUA